AUGGAUUCAUCUCACAUGACGUCACUUCCCGAAGAUAUCACCGACGAUCAGCCACCACAACCCGCCUCUGUUUUCGCUUCCGUUCCUCAACGUCCUCCAACCAAGGGUUCGUCGGAAAAGUACGCACCGCUAGAUUGGUCCGAUUACUUUGACAAAGAAGUCGAUGUUGCUAUCCCGGAAUCAAAUGACGUUUUUCAUGUUUACAUGGCAGGAACUGAGGGUCCCGUUGUUUUCUGCUUACACGGUGGUGGUUAUUCCGGGCUUUCAUUUUCUGUGUCAACCGGUAUAAUUAAGGAGAAAGCUAGAGUGGUUGCGAUGGACUUGAGAGGUCAUGGAAAAUCAGUGACAGAUGAUGAUUUGGACUUAUCUGUUGAGACCAUGUGCAAUGAUGUAUUGGCUGUUAUAAAGGAAUUGUACGGUGUUUCUCCUCCUGCAAUUAUUCUAGUUGGGCACAGCAUGGGAGGGUCGAUUGCUGUGCAUGUUGCUGCGAAGAGAUUAUUGUCAACCUUGGCUGGGUUGAUUGUUGUGGAUGUUGUAGAGGGAACAGCAAUGGCUUCACUAAUUCAUAUGCAGCAAAUCCUAUCAAAUAGGAUGCAACAUUUUUCAAGCAUUGAAAAAGCUAUUGAAUGGAGUGUCAGGGCCGGAACUUUAAGAAAUAUUGAUUCUGCUCGGGUAUCAGUCCCUGCCACAUUAAAAUACGAUGAUUCAAAGAAAUGUUAUGUUUAUCGGACAGAGCUGGAAAAGACUGAACAGUAUUGGAAAGGGUGGUAUGAAGGCCUCUCAGAUAAAUUUUUGUCGUCUCCUGUUCCGAAGCUGUUGCUCUUAGCAGGAACAGAUAGAUUGGACAAGUCUCUCACAAUUGGUCAAAUGCAAGGGAAGUUUCAGAUGGUAGUUGUCAGACACACAGGUCAUGCUAUUCAGGAAGAUGUACCUGAUGAAUUUGCAACACUGGUUGUCAACUUUAUUUCUCGUAACCAAAUAGGCCCUAACGGAGUGGUGAUACCUGGCCUCCGCAAGCCUGCCUUUUCAAAACCGUGA